AUGGACCAGGGGUCGGGCGCCGGGCCCCACCGGGCUCGCGGCCGCCUCGGCGCGCCGUCCUGCGGAGCGCGGGCUCCGGGGGCACCCUGGGCACGCUUCUCGGCCUGGCUGGAGUGCGUGUGUGUGGUCACCUUCGACCUGGAGCUGGGCCAGGCGCUGGAGCUGGUGUACCCCAGCGACUUCCAGCUCACGGACAAGGAGAAAAGCAGCAUCUGCUACCUGUCCUUUCCCGACUCCCACUCAGGCUGCCUCGGGGAUACUCAGUUCAGCUUCCGCAUUCGUCAGUGUGGAGGGCAGAGGCGCCCCUGGCACACGGACGACAGGCACUGUGACAGUGGGGCCCCCGUGUCUCUGCAGAGGGAGCCCGCACACUACUUUGGCUACGUGUACGUCAGGCAGGUGAAGGACAGCUCUGUGAGGAGGGGCUAUUUCCAGAAGUCUCUGGUGCUGGUGUCCCGCCUGCCCUUCGUCCGGCUGUUCCAGGCGCUGCUGAGCCUGGUCGCCCCCGAGUACUUCGACAAGCUGGCGCCCUGCCUGGAAGCGGUCUGCAAUGAGAUUGACCAGUGGCCGGCCCCUGUGCCGGGGCAGACCUUGAACCUGCCUGUCAUGGGAGUCGUCCUCCAGGUGCACAUCCCAUCCAGCGCAGACAAGCCUGAAUCCGGUCCUCCAAAGCAGUGCAGCCACAAGAACCUGCUGCCAGCCCCGGUCGUCCUCACCAGUGUCCAUGAGCUGGACCUGUUCAGGUGCUUCCGGCCCGUGCUGGCCCACGUGCAGCUGCUGUGGGAGCUCAUGCUUCUCGGGGAGCCCCUGCUGGUCCUGGCACCCUCGCCCGCAGUGUCCUCGGAGAUGGUGCUGGCCUUGACCAGCUGCCUGCAGCCCCUCAAGUUCUGCUGCGACUACCGCCCCUACUUCACGGUCCACGACAGCGAGUUCAAGGAGUUCACGACGCGCACGCAGGCCCCACCAAGCGUGGUCCUGGGAGUCACAAACCCUUUCUUUAUCAAAACGCUCCAGCACUGGCCCCAUGUCCUCCGCAUCGGGGAGCCCAAGAUGCCAGGGGACCUUCCCAAGCAGGUCAAACUGAAAAAGCCCUCAAGGCUGAAGACGCUGGACACCAAGCCAGGCCUCUACACUGCGUACACGACCUACCUCCAGCGAGACAAGGCCCUGCUCAGACGACUGCUUAAGGGCGUGCAGAAGCGGCCAUCGGAUGUGCAGACUGCGGGGCUGAGGCGGCACCUCCUGGAGCUCACGCAGAGCUUCAUCAGCCCUCUGGAGCACUACAUGGCCAGCCUCAUGCCCCUGAAGAAAAGCAUCACGCCCUGGAAGACCCCUCCCCAGAUCCACCCCUUCCGCCAGGACGACUUCCUGCGUAGCCUGGAGCGCUCGGGGCCCCAGCUCACCUGCCUCCUCAAGGGCGACUGGCUGGGCCUCUACAGGCGGUUUUUCAAGUCCCCCCAUUUUGAUGGCUGGUACCGACAGCGGCACAAAGAGAUGGCCCAGAAGCUGGAGGCCCUGCACCUCGAGGCCAUCUGUGAGGCGAACAUCGAGAUCUGGAUGCAGGACAAGUCCGAGGUGGAGGUCGUGGAUCUGGUCCUGAAACUUCGGGAGAGGCUGGUUCGGGCACAGGGCCACCAGCUCCCUGUGAAGGAGGCGACGCUGAAGCGGGCGCGGCUGUACAUCGAGACAGUCAUCGGCUCCCUGCCCAAGGACCUGCAGGUCGUCCUGUGCCCUCCCUAG